UGCCCGUCCUUCUCCUUGCAGGUGGCUCCGGGCUGUCCCCAUGGCGGAGGACUCGGGCUCCCGGGACUCGGACGGCAGCUGGGUGCUGGCGGGGGGCGAGGGCCUGCCCAUCGACACGGUGGGUCCAGAGCAGGAUCUGGCCUCCCGUGGGGCCGAGGAUGAGGAGCUGGAGGAGGAGGAGGAGGAAGGCGCUCAGGACACCGUUCCAGCCACUGUCACCAGCCAGACCCCCAGCCCCGAGGGCACCGUGCUGGGGGUGAGCCGGGGGGCCGGGGACCUGUCCUCCCCAGGGGGACACCCGAGCCCCCAGCGCCCACAUCUGCAGGACCCGGAGGAGUGUGGGGACACUGGGACAGCGGCCACCCCCGACGGCUCGGCGGAGCACAGCACGCCAGAUGGCGGGGAGCUGGCGGAGCCCGAUGCCAAGGCUGAGCCAGGCCCCAGCCCUGACACCCCCAAAGCAGGGCCACCAACGGAGGAGGGGAGCUGCAGCAGCAGCGACGAUGACACGGAGGGGCUGCGGCGACGGCAGGGCCAUGAGCCCCGUCCCGUCCCCCCGACUCCCGCGCCUGCCCUGCACCGGGGGACGCCGGACGCUGGUGACGAGGACGGGCUCAGCAUGAGCAAGUACCUGCUGGGCGCCCUGGCGCUGGUGGCCGUGGGGCUACUGGUCAUCUCCGGUGGCAUCUAUGACCCAGCCGACGGCCCCCUGGAGAGCGUGGUGACCCGGGACGUGGCCGCCGGGGAGCAGGAGUCGCCGCCGCCUGCCGACGGCAAUGACUCGCAGCAGAAGCCCCCCCCAUUGGACACCGGGGACCCCCAGAGCGUGCAGUCGGUCACCCUCCUCCUGGACAAGCUGGCCAAGGAGAACCAGGAGAUCCGGCUCAUGCAGGCAGAGCUGCAGGUGGGCGAGCGCGGCUGUGCCCUCGGGAGCUGCUUGAAGGACCAGGUGCGGCGGGAGCUGGCGGGUGCCCUGGAGCGGGCGCGGGGUCCCGGGGGGCUGGCGGGGCUGGCGGAGGAGCUGAGCGCCCUGGAGCAGCGCCUGGGCCGGGAGCUGGAUGUGACGGGGGCCGAGCCCUUCCCCGGGCCGUGGAAGAAGCCGUUCAAGGCGGAGAAGAAGGAGCAGAAGCGGCAGAAGCGGCACGGCCCUGGGGGGGCCCCCCACGAGUGGGAGAAGAGGGAACAUGGCAAACACCACGGGCACGGGAAGGACCCCCACCAUCCCCGGGAACACAAACCGGGCAAAACCCGGGGGAAAUCACCUCAUGGUCCCCCCCAGCACGGCCCCCGCCAGCUGCCCCCCCUCAGCCGGUACCGGGCACCCCAAGGCUGCUCGGGGGUGGCCGACUGCGCCCGCAAGGAGGGCCGGGAGGUGCUGGGGGCUGCGCUGGAGCCGGUGCAGAAGGCGCAGUUCCUGCAGCUGCUGGAGGGUUUCAUGGGGCGGCUGGGCUGGGGGGGGCGUUUCGGGGGGCUGGCGGCGCAGCUGGACGAGGUUUUUGGAGCCGACGGCACCUUCGCCCACGAUCGGCUGCGCUUCGUCGACUUCGUGGACGACGUGGAGGAGCUGCUGGAGGAGGUGGCGCGGGAGGAGCGGGGCGACGAGGAGGCGGCCGACGGCUUCGAGGAAUACGUGCUGCGGCACUUCGGCGGGGACGGGGGCAGCGCUGGGAAGGAGCGGGGCCGGAGAGUCAUGAGGGGGUAGAGACCCCAGCACAAGCCUUGGUCCAGCACCCCCGGGCAGCAGGGUCCCCCCCAUGAGCCGUUUUUGGGGGGGGCUGGGGGGCUGCCGUCGUGCCCCCCCCAGGUCCGGGUCACGGAUGAGAUGCACUGUGUGAUGCUGCACUGCCACCCACAAUAAAGUCACUGCUGGGCAGAGUG